UAUUAAAUGUUAGUUUUUACAAAAUUAGCUACCAGGUGGUGAAAAAAGUAGCGUUAAAGAUGCAACAAGCUGUCGCCUCAAAGCUAAUGUCUUAGCUAGCUGGCUAGUUUUGUCUCGUUUUCUCUGAAGCCCUGCACAAAGUUCGAAAGCAGGUUGGAGCGCUUGCGCGGACUUUAAAAAAAAAAAAAAAACUCGUUUAAAUACUAAAUUCAGAUGGCACUAUUAAUGCUCUUAUUAUUUGAAUUGCAAGCUAGUUAACGGCUUCCGAAUACAAAGUACUUGGCGUGUUUAGCUUACAUUAACUAGCCUGCUAGUUUAAAGAUUUGAUAUUUUCUUCUGUUUAUAGUCAAGCCUUGACUACGCGCUUGUUGUUAGUCGUCGCUACAAUGAUUUAGCUAUGCAUUUUAAUUUUUUUUUAUUUUAUGCAUGUUAGGUUGCUUAUAUAUUCGUUUCUUCCCCAUACACCUGUAUUCUGAUACUUUUUGCUUUUUUUGCAUUAGGAUUGGCUUGUUCAGAUGACUGACAGGUGGAAUAGUCGUGUUAGCCAAUGAUAGUGCAGGAGGCGGGAUAAAACGACCCAGUCACAGCGCAGGAGGCGGGAUAUCUUUCCCUGAAUACGGGUGGCUUAGAAAUUAGGAUAAAAAGAUGAUGAAAUGGAUGGCUGUUAAUUGUUUUCCCUGCAGUUAUUUAAUUAACCAAUUAUGCAUUUUGCUCAUCCUAGAGAUUUCCAAAUAAACCAAUAUUUAUUUCUUGAUUUUCAACAAACAAAAAUGCACUCCCUUCUAAUGUUCUCCAUGUAACACACUAAAUACAUAAGGACUAUUUUCUUGUCCUUUUCAGUUUUUCCCCUCUUCCCUGUUUCCAGCCUUCUGGAUGUUGGGUAUUGGAUGAUCUGUCAUAACUCUGCCUACCGUUUAUUUUCCCGUUCAUAGGAGUCCCUACUGAGGCAUUGCGGUCAAGUUAGUCAGUUCAUCAGCUCCACGAUCAGGAUGUUCAACCCUCACCAUCACCAGCAACAGCAGCAGCAACAGUUUCAUCAACAUCUCCGUCAGCUCCAGCAGCUGUUCCAGCAGCAGACCCCACCACCGCCUCCUCCACCACCUCCUCCGCCACCACAGCCUCCACCAACGCAUCAUAUCCCCCAUCACCAUGGAGCAGGCCGGCCGAUGACCGUCCCGGCUCCAGCGCCGCCUCCUGCCCGCAUGGUCAACCUGUGCUCCGCCACUCAGACCAUCAUCGCUCCGAAUCCCAUGCUGCAAGGUGCAUUACUGAUGCAGCAGAUGCAGGGGGGCAUGCGGAGCUUUGCCAUGGGUGGACAGCAGUUUCAGCAGUUUUUUGCCACAGGCUCAAGAUCCUCCAUUUUGGGUCCAGUCCCACUGGGGGUUGCUAUUAAAACUCCACAUAUGGGAUUUCCUCCCCGACACUACAACCCUCAUGCUCGCUAUUACAACAACGACUUUCAGUCACGACAGCCGGACAGGAAGAGGGAGAACGAAUACAGACCUGCGAUUGCCCCCGACAGCCAGUCUGGGGCGAGUAGCAGCCGAGAUGAAACCACAACAGUGGCAGACGUCAGCAGUCAAUCGUCCACGCAGCAGCCGGAUGAGCCAUCUGCAAAGAAACCGAGAACAGAAGGGCCGAAUGAUCCACUUGACAAUGAAGCCUCUCUGAGUACGGAGUAUGAACGCACUGCUGACAAUCCUGAUACGGCAGACUGCAUACUAGAAGAAGACGGGACAGUAGUCGGAUCUGAGGCAGCCGAGGCACUGGAGCAAAGCCGGGCAGCGGAGCAGGUGGAAGACCCCGAGUCUUCACUCAAAGAUGCAGAUCAGCAGAGCAGUUUGAGCCAGUCGGAGCCUGCGGGUUCAGUGAUUGUAGCCGAUGGUAAAGACGACACAAACAGGAGCAGUGAUGGGGCCAGAGAAGAAGAAGAAGCAGCAGCAGGAGGAGGAGAAACUGCUAACAAAUUCUACUGCUAUAUCUGUAACAUCACCUGCCACAACCAACAAAAUUUCCAGAGCCACAUGAAUGGACUGGCCCACCAGCAGAGGAUGAUGGAAAUUCAGCACAUGAGUAACGCCUGCCUCGUCACGUUGCUGCCUCGUGUCCAGGAGUCUCUUCAGGGGUCGCGCAAAGACGGGGAGAAAAGACCAGGCCUGCAGAGAUGGUGUCCCACCUGCAAAACCCACUUCACUACAAAUGUCAUGGAUCAUCGUAAGACCAGGGAACACAAGAUCUGUAGCCGUUCUUCGAGUCCCAGUUGCACUGUCUGUAAGCAGCAGUUCAGAACAUCGAGAGAGUUCAUCGAACACAUGCAGUCCACCGAGCACAAACAGUGCCUGGAGCAGGUGUUGAAAGAGACCGGGAAAGGGAAUCUGGACGAAUUGGGUUUGGAGGUGUACACAGUGGGCGCAGAUGAAGAAGGCAUGGACAGUGACGAGGAAGAGAGGAUGGAUGAAGAAAACGGACAGGAAGGACUACCUGUACAGAUGGAGGUCACGUUGGAAGAUAUGACGGAGGAGGAGGAGUUUGAGUCUGAUACCAUAUAUGGUUCCAACUUCGUAAUUCCCGUGGCUGGUUUUCUGUGCCGCCUGUGUAACGAGUUCUAUCACUACGAGACAUCAGCACGACGCUCUCACUGCAAGACACGCCAACACUUUGAGAAUCUAAAGAGAUAUAAGGCAUUAAAGAUUCAGGAAGCUUCAGCUUUACAGGCCUCGGAGUCAGUUUGCACCUCAGCGGAUCAUCAAACCAAGGACACAGAGUCUCCUAGCGGUUCCGCUUUAAGUGACCCUGCUAUCAGUAACAGUAGACUCGAGUCCACUGAAGCAGCUACUGAGCAGGAAAGCAGCAGCACCGCCAGCCAAGAGAAUAAUAACAACAAUAAUAACAGCAGCAGCGCACCACAUUCCCCUAACCAGCAGCCUGCUUCUGGGUCUCCCACCCAGUCCAGAGACACGGAGGAAGACACGGUCACAGAAGAGCCUGAUGACGAGGAUGAGGUUCUCAGUGUCCCAGAAGAGAAGACGAGCAGAGGGCGUGGCAGGAUGCCUGCCAAGAAAAGAGGGAGAGGAGGAAGACGACGCUGAGCUGCUCUGGAGAGACGGAAAGAGUGGGAAGAUUUCAUUCGAUGUCCAUUACCCAUCCUCGAUUGUUCAUGAAGAGUGGGAAGCCAGGACCAUAGGACAAUCCUUGUAGAAAGAAGUAGGUCUUAUAUUCAGCCAUUUUGUAGGUCUUUGCCCCAGAUUUUGCAUCCUCACAAGUUAGUUUUGUCCCCCCCCCCCUCCCCAAAAUGUAUUCAGAAUGUGUGUAAAGAUAAAGGGUUGAAGGAUCUUGCACUUUUCCAUCAUGUUGAGGUUCUUGAACCCUUCACAAGCUUGUAGUGACUUAGAAUGUAGCAAUGUUUUACUUUAACGAGCAUUUUUAACAUGGUUUUUGUAAAGUGGAAGAAAUAUGAAGGUACGUUAAUUUUGAUAGGAAGUUCAAGUGUUGAUCUGUGGAAUAACGUGCAAACCGAGCUGCAAGUUUAAAAGGAGAAAAAAAAAGUGAACCUGAUUAGUCCCUGGUUUAUUUUAUUUAUUUUAUUUUUUUUUUAAAAACCACACCUUUUUUAGCUUCAGGCUAAACUCGGGCACAUCCUGAUCGGACCUGUGAUGCUCUUGGAGAAAUCGUACUUCACUGUAGGAUGGAUUAUUAAUAGAUGGAUAUGCCUCGUCGUUGCGGUGUCUCCUGGAGAAAGGCAGGAAGCAUUGGAAACAAGUGAUGGGCGAUACAACUCUGUUGUACGCAUCAAGCCUUCAUUCAGUAAAACCUUGAAUCCGUCUAAACGCAUAUGAAAGCCUCCAAGAAGGUGACUUAUGAUCUAAGCUUGAAGAAAGAGCUUAAAAGCCAGUGCUCUUUAAAGAGCUUCCCCUCUCUACACAUGCUAUUCUGCUGACCAACAAAGUGUUAACUUGACGAGUGGGUGGGUCUGUCUCACGCACACCCACAGCAUUAGCCUCAAAUCCAGGAUUCUUAAACAUCACCCUAGUGUCCUAGUAUUGGUGGCGUCGCUGUUGCUAAAUGUCGUUAGCUUCACUGAUUGUAUGACCAUACUGUUUGUCUUUCAUGCUCUGAUCACGGAGUGUGAAUUAAUUAAAAAAAAAAACACUAAUUUUCAGAAGCCGGUAAUCCCUUUUUAUUCACUUGGUUUAGUGUGCGUGUCUUCUAAAACUGAAGAACACCGUCUGUGUCACACGACAACUUGAAUGAAAUCCUGCACAGGCCUUCUAGAUUGGGUUAAUUGUCAUUUGGUCAAAACGAGCGAGAUCUCCUGAUGGGUUUAAAAGCAUCGAAUUCUGUGCUUAGGAUUUUAUUUUAAAACAACCUUUAGAUGAGCUUUGGCUCUUUGGAAAUGCUGAACGGUUUCACGCAGAGCUGAGAACAGAUCUUUUAAUGAAUCUUUUAUUCGUCGAUCCAUUUAGAUUUUUCCGACUGUAUAGAGAAACGAGCUGCUUUAUAUAGGUUUUUUUUUUUGGAGGAUCUUUUUAUUCCAAUUGUGAUUUGAUUGCUUUUUACUUCUCCCCGAGUUGUCUGUGUCUCUCUCCUCUCUCUCCACUAUUGUUUCCUUUUUGUUUGCAUUGCAGCAAAUGCUGUCAGAAUACACUGGAAGAAAUUAAAACAGAAUGGUCUUUGUUCAACCUGCAAGUAAAAGUCAUGUUAUUUGGCUAUUGUGCUGCAGAACACUUGUGGACUCGAUCUUUCUUUAAGGGGGGAGCUGCAGCAGCUGGGCUUUAGGAUGUAUUAACAACUGCUGCUGCUGUUUUAAUAUCCAAUCUGUGCUGAAUUUUAUCUUCUCCUUUCCCUUGAUGAUACUCGACAACUAAAUUUGUCUUGAGGUUCCCCUGUACUCUUGCACUGGCCCUUGUUUAGAAGCUCUUAUCAGACACAUGAUUUUAAUACUCAUGACCUAACAAUAGUAGAAAUUCUUAAUGUUUUGAGAAAUCGACGGUUAAAGUGCUUGGAUGUGGCUUUGUUUCCACGUCAUAUUUACAGAAAGACCUGAAGCCAUAUCCAGAUCAGGUACAGCCUGAGCACCGCCUUCAUCCUGUCCUAGAAUUGCAUUAUUAACCGCUAUGAGAACCGACGUUUUUACAGGAUUUUAAAGCAGUAUAGCCGUGUGUCUUUCAACACAGUUCGUUCCUGUUUUUUCCUUUGAGGUGUACAUUUUAAUUAGAGCUCAGUCACAAGCACCACAUGCAGUAUUAUUCAGUCCAUACUACAUUGAAUAACACUAGAAAUGUACACCUUAAAUCCAGUUCCAAGAGAAGAGAGGAAAAAAAAAGCCACGCUGUAGUCUUUUCCUCGCACGCCUGUUUUCAAGACAGACAAACCCUAAGGAAAUGUGUAGUUUUGUGUCCUACCACAGCAAUGUGACAAAUGAUCACCAUGAUGGAAGUGUACAUUUCAUAAUCUAUUUUUAUUCUACAAAUGAAUUAGGGUUUAAAAAAAAAAUUGUUUUAUAGGAGCUGGAAGCAUCUUGUAAUUUUUUUUUCUCCUCCUCCAGAUGUGUGUGUUUUGUUUUUUUUUCUGCAUCUUAUUGUCUAUUAAAAUAUUUGAUUAACUUUAA